AUGGCCCGGCAGCGCCGAGCCCUACAGGAGAUAGCCGCCCGUCAGCGUGGGCGCGAGGACGAGAACGGCGUGGGGAUCCUCGACAGCGACGAGGACGAGAACGCCCUCGGACCGUCCAACCCGUCGCGCGUCGGCGACCCUGGGCAGGGGAGCAACAGGGACGGCGGCCGGGGAGGAGGCGACGACGACGGCGACGGCGGCGACUACACGCAGUUCUACAGGCUUCUCGGCAUAUCGGCGCGGUGUCCCUGGAGUUCCUUGUGCGGCUGGGAGAGUGGCUACAAGAGCUGCCUCCGGUUUCUUGCAUUUCCUGCUGCUGUUGCGGUGGGAUUCUUCCUCUUACCUGCCGUGCUCGAGCUUGCCGCGUCGUCUUGGUCUGGUCAAGACAAGGCGUGCGGCGGCAGAGGAGAGCAGACAGAGAAAAGAGAGAAGCUUAAGCUGAGGUAUCUUGCUGAAGCCGAUGAUCUCCUUGUGAAGUAUCAGUACAUAUCUGACUUUUUCAUCGCACUUGCAUACUUCUCGAUCCCUUUGGAGCUCAUAUACUUUGUCAAGAAGUCAUCAUUCUUCCCUUACCGAUGGGUGCUCAUACAGUUUGGCGCCUUCAUUGUGCUUUGUGGGGCAACUCACCUGAUAAACUUGUGGACUUUCGCCACUUAUAGCAAGACUAUAGCGGUGGUAAUGACAGUGGCGAAAGCUGCGACAGCAGUGGUUUCAUGCAUAACGGCAUUGAUGCUUGUGCACAUAAUUCCUGAUUUGUUGAGCGUGAAGUUGCGAGAGAGGUAUCUGAAGGAUAAGGCUGAAGAGCUUGACAAAGAGAUGGGGAUUAUAAGAACACAGGAGGAGACAGGCAGACAUGUCCACAUGCUCACACAUGAGAUAAGGAGCACGCUUGACAGGCACACUAUUUUGAGAACUACGCUUGUUGAGUUGGGAAGGACUCUUGGGUUAGCUGAAUGUGCCCUGUGGAUGCCAUCCCGCUCUGGAACAGCCCUUCACCUGUCCCAUACAAUCCAUAACAGCGCUCCUAUUGGCUUAGUUGUUCCUAUAAAUCUUCCGGUUGUUUCAAAGGUUUUUAAUAGUAAUCGUGCAGAAAGCAUUCCACAUACUUCCCCAUUGGCUUCAAUAAAGGCAGACACAAGCAGGUACGCGCCACCAGAGGUCGUAGCUGUCCGAGUUCCACUGCUGCACCUUACAAAUUUCGAAAUAAAUGAUUGGCCUGAGCUAUCUGCAAAAAGCUUCGCAGUAAUGGUUUUGAUGCUGCCUCCAGACAGUGCAAGAAAAUGGCGUACCCAUGAACUAGAGCUUGUUGAAGUUGUUGCUGAUCAGGUGGCAGUUGCACUGUCUCAUGCUGCCAUUUUGGAAGAGUCCAUGAGGGCCCGUGAUCUACUAAUGGAGCAGAAUAUUGCCCUUGAUGCAGCACGUCGAGAGGCAGAAAUGGCUAUAUGUGCUCGUAAUGAUUUUCUUGCUGUGAUGAACCAUGAAAUGCGUACUCCUAUGAAAGCCAUUGUUUCUUUAUCCUCCCUCCUUCUGGAAACAACUCUUACGGCUGAACAACGCCUGAUGAUUGAGACUAUACUAAAGAGUAGCGAUUUUCUAGUCACUUUGACCAACGAUGUUUUAGAUAUUUCCAAGCUUGGGAAUGGGAGUCUUGAGCUGGACAUUGCACCUUUCAACCUGCAUGCUGCCUUUACGGAUGUGGUUAAUUUGAUUAAGCCAGUGGCUGCAUGCAAAAGGCUCUCGGUAAUGGUUUCCUUGGCUCCAGAGUUGCCUUCCUGUGCAAUUGGUGAUCGCAAGCGAUUGAUGCAGAUAAUGCUAAAUGUUGCUGGCAACUCCAUUAAGUUCACAAAGGAGGGUCACAUUUCAAUUGCAGCUUCCAUAGCCAGGCCAGAUUCAUUGAGGGACCCAUAUGCUUCUAACUUACAUCCAGUUCCCUCUGAUGGGUCUUUCUACUUGGUUGUUCAGGUAAAAGACACCGGCUGUGGAAUCGGACCAGAGGAUAUGGCUCACACCUUCAGAAAAUUCGCACACGGUGAGAAUGCAACAACGAAAUUGCACAACGGCAACGGGUUGGGUCUGGCCCUCUCCAGAAGAUUUGUUGGCCUGAUGCAAGGGAACAUCUGGCUCGACAGUGAAGGUGUAGGGAAGGGAUGUAGCGCCACGUUCUUUGUGAAACUCGGCACGCCCAAGAAACCAAAUGCAAAUGCAAAUCCCCGAAGAAUGAUGGCGCCUCUACAACCAAGCAAAGGUGCUGGAGGCCCCGGCGCUGAUGCUCUUAGUAUAUCCAUACGAGAUGGCGAUUCACGGAUUCCUAGGGCCCGCUACCAGUCGAUCGCGUGA